AUGACUAUGAAAUUGAAUGAUGAUUUAGUUGUGGAGAUCAUCUCUCACCUGCCUUUGAAGCUUGCGAUUCAAUGUAAACUUAUAAGCAAGAACUUUAAUCGUUGGAUUUCUAAUCCUAAAUUUUCUCAAACUUUGUUCCAACAUGAUCAAAAGGUCUGGACACUAGCCUUCGCUUCUACAUCACAUGGCGUAUCCCGUGACUUCCAGAAAAUCUUCAGAAACCUUAUUAUCCCAAACAUUCACCAUCAGACUUCACUCUUUAGAUUUUCAGUUGUGGCCGCAUGCAAGGGUCUGCUUCUCCUAGUCUUUCAUGAAGUUGGGACUUUCUGCGUGUUCAAUCCUAUAACCAGAGCCCAUCAGUUGAUACCAUACCCGAAGCACUAUGAGCAUAGGAGAAUUGGUGAUGCAGGCUUAUUUGUUGAUUACCCUACUUCAGAUCAAUAUAAAUUGGUAACCGUUGAUUGGCUGGAUGAAGGAAAAGGGUAUAAUUUUCAGGUACUUUCAUCGAAAGAGAGAUCUGGAUUGUGGCGUGAAGUCCAAUUCAGAAUGACGCCGGGCAGCAAUAUUAAACCUACUUGUGUGCCCGAUUCUUUGCAUUGGCUCACAUCUGGUAACCGUGUCCUUGCUUUUGAUGCAAAGAGAGAAGAAGCUACAAUUCUUGACCCUCCUGAGUUCCUCAAUAUUCACAAUAAUAUUCAUAAUAAAUCCAGAAAGAAGGCCGCAGAAGUUAGGAAGAAGGCUUGUUCGUACCUACAAGCAGGGGCGGAUAUUGGGAGUUCCACCCGCAAGCUUCGCGAAACCCUAUUUUUUAACGAAGAGUAUGGAAUUCCUGGGGUCACGUAUUCCUUCAAACCAUCGUUAGCCCCCGUCCAUGAGACACUCUCCAGAACAGUUGAUGCUAAACAUCUGCCAGGUUGUGCACCAUAG